AUGGUUCCACUUUUUAAGCAAAUUGCAAAAUCUGUUUCAAGUUCUCAUUUUCAAGUUGCUGAACGAGCACUCAGUUAUUGGAACAAUGAUAAUAUCGUAUCACUUAUUGAAGAAAAUCAUGAUACUCUGAUACCAAUAUUAUUUCCAUCUUUCUAUCGUAUUUCACGGGAACACUGGAAUCAAACUAUUAUAGCAUUAGUUGGGAAUGUGUUGAAAAUCUUUAUGGAAAUGAAUUCGGUCCUAUGCAAUCAAUUGGCUGAAAAGUAUAAAGUUGAACGUCAAAGGGAACGUAAACGUGAAAAAGAACGUGAAGAAUUAUGGAAGAGACUUGAACAGCUUAAAGUAUCUAAUACAGGUGAUUCAUCAACAUCGUCAAAUGUUGAUACAAAAGUCAACUCUACACUGAACAAUAAUACUCCAUUUACUGUGAUUUCACAGAAUUCUAGCCAUUUUGGAGUGAAUAAUUCAAGGCGUUGA